AGAAAGGAGGGCGGAGAGCCAGCGCCUCCCCGGCCUGGGCCCGCCCUCAACCAGCAAGCAUGGAUCUCCGGCUGCGACUGCCUGGCGAGCAGAGGAGGAAAGCACAGAUGGCUAGAACUAAGUCAGCCACCCAAGGGCACGCUGGAGCAGCUGCAGCACCCACAGGGGACACGUGCGCUCUGCGAUCGCCGCCCAGGACUCUGUGAAUGUCCCCAAGCGCUGCGGGGUAGAGAAGGAAUUGCUGAAGAGGAGGCUGGCUGGGGCAGGAUCCUUUCUCACUUCAGGGGCCCGGAGAGGGGUCAAGAAGAUUGACAAACGCUCAGCGGAAAAUGGGGAACUAGCCUUGAAAAGGUAGGAGAAGCGGCCAGCAGGAAGAAGGUCCCCUCGGCUCAGCCUGUCAUUCAUCCAUAAGCAAGGGGUUCCUCGGGGCAACUUGGCAAGGCUUCCCGGGUGCCUGGAACGCUGGACCGAUGUCAGUCCCACCACGCCUGGUGCCUGCCUGCGCAUGGACACAGUCCUGCUCCCCAAAGAUGUGGAGGAUGAUAUGACUGCCAGACGUCCCUGUCCUGUGUGGCUCUCAGUCCCUUUCUUGUCCUUUAUUAUUUUUAUUAUCUCUUCGUGAGAACUUUUGGGUGAAGAUAAUAACUUUUUUUUUUUUAUCUUUUCUGCAAGCUGCCGGGUGAUGUUAGGAGGUAAAAGAAAAAUUGAAAAGUAAGGAACUGCAAGUCAAUGAAGAGGACAUCUGCUCCCUUCUAGUUUUUUCCAGCGUUCGUGAGUUAAACAGUUACCUCCAGAGGAUUGAAGUUGUGGGAAUUGGUGGCAUCUGGGGAAUAGAGCAGGAUUCCCUCACAGCCUUCCUUCAGCUGUCUCUACCCCUUCGCAUGUAUGAGUGGACCAGCAGCAGCAAAGGGGACAGGGUUCUGCUUGUGGAGUCUCCGCUGGGACCAGAGUGAAUGGCCCCCAGGGACAGUGCGGAGCCUCUGCCUCCGCUGUCUCCACAGGCCUGGAUCUGGUCUGGAAAGAUCUUAGCGAUGGGUGCCCUGGCAGGCUUCUGGGUCCUCAGCCUGCUCACCUAUGGCUACCUGUGCUGGGGCCAGGACUUAGAAGAGGAGGGAGCCCUAAGAGCUCAAGUUGAUGAGAGACCUGAAGCAGGCACAGCAGGCACCUCCCAGCCCCAUCUCAUUUUUAUCUUAGCUGAUGAUCAGGGAUUUAGAGAUGUGGGUUACCACGGAUCUGAGAUAAAGACGCCCACCCUUGAUAAACUCGCUGCAGAAGGAGUUAAGCUAGAGAACUACUAUGUCCAGCCUAUUUGCACACCAUCCAGGAGCCAGUUUAUUACCGGAAAGUAUCAGAUACACACGGGACUUCAGCAUUCCAUCAUUAGACCUACCCAACCCAACUGUCUACCUCUGGACAACGCAACCCUACCUCAGAAGCUAAAGGAGGUCGGCUAUUCAACCCAUAUGGUUGGGAAGUGGCACUUGGGAUUUUACAGAAAAGACUGCAUGCCCACCAAGAGAGGAUUUGAUACCUUUUUUGGCUCUCUUUUGGGAAGUGGUGAUUAUUAUACACACUACAAAUGUGACAGUCCUGGGGUGUGUGGCUAUGACUUGUACGAAAACGACAAUGCAGCUUGGGACUAUGACAAUGGCAUCUAUUCUACACAGAUGUACACGCAGAGAGUGCAGCAAAUCUUAGCCACCCAUGAUCCCACAAAACCUCUAUUUUUAUACGUGGCUUACCAAGCUGUCCACUCACCACUGCAAGCCCCUGGUAGAUACUUUGAACACUACCGAUCCAUUAUCAACAUAAACAGGAGGAGGUACGCAGCCAUGCUCUCCUGCUUGGAUGAAGCAAUCCACAAUGUGACCCUGGCCCUAAAGAGGUAUGGUUUCUAUAACAAUAGCAUUAUCAUUUACUCCUCAGAUAAUGGUGGGCAGCCCACAGCAGGAGGAAGUAACUGGCCACUAAGAGGCAGCAAAGGAACAUAUUGGGAAGGAGGCAUCCGGGCAAUUGGCUUUGUGCAUAGCCCACUUCUAAAAAACAAGGGAACGGUAUGUAAGGAACUUGUGCACAUCACCGAUUGGUACCCAACCUUGAUUUCACUGGCUGAAGGACAGAUUGAUGAAGACAUUCAGCUAGAUGGAUACGAUAUCUGGGAGACCAUAAGCGAAGGUCUUCGUUCACCUCGAGUGGAUAUUUUGCACAACAUUGACCCCAUAUACACCAAGGCGAAAAAUGGCUCCUGGGCAGCAGGCUAUGGAAUCUGGAACACCGCAAUCCAGUCGGCCAUCCGGGUACAACACUGGAAACUGCUCACAGGCAAUCCUGGCUACAGUGACUGGGUCCCCCCUCAGGCUUUCAGCAAUCUGGGCCCAAACCGGUGGCACAAUGAAAGGAUUACCUUGUCAACUGGCAAGAGUAUCUGGCUUUUCAACAUCACGGCUGAUCCGUAUGAGAGAGUGGACCUAUCCAGCAGGUAUCCAGGCAUCGUGAAGAAGCUGCUGCGGAGACUGUCACAAUUCAACAAGACUGCCGUGCCUGUCAGGUACCCCCCGAAGGAUCCCAGAAGCAACCCUAGGCUCAACGGAGGAGUCUGGGGUCCAUGGUAUAAAGAGGAAAACAAGAAAAAGAAGUCAAACAAAACCAAGGCUAACAAAAUGCAAAAGAAAAAAAGUAAGGCGAGGAUGAGGAAGCAGCUGGCAGCUCGUUCCUCAACAAAAUGCCACCCAAGUGUUGCCAUUGGCUAAAUGCAAAACUUUCUGCCUUGGCUAAACUUAUACUGCCUGGUUUCUAGGUAAUUCAAAGAAAUUGGCUCAGAAAUACCUCGGCCAACCGCCUCGGGCUUGUUUUCACAUUGCUCUGUGCCAGCGACUUCUGGUACCUGGCUACCACAUGGACAAAACUACCCUCCUGGGUGCCAAAGGCUAUGCUUCUGCAGGCCACACAGGGAGGAGGACGCAGUUAUUUAUUUAUCCCUAGUCUGUGUAAACCGUGAUGAAUCAUGAGUGAGUUGGCCAAACAGAAUGCUUUGAAUCCCUUGAAUCACGAGAGGAACUGUGACCCACCGUGUACUUGAGUGCAGGGUAAUUACAGGGUAACAUGAUAAAGAGAUGACUUUUGAUGCCGUCAGAGGUUGUAUCCUCUCAAAGGUCUAAAAACUGUACUUUUAAAUGAAAAAAAAAAAAAAAAGAAAGUAUGUAUCACAUGAAACUUGGGCUUUUAAGCUAAUUCUAUUUUGUAUUGCUGUCGCCUGUUCUCUGAGGAAAAGCUGCUUCUCUUCGCGGACAGCUUGUAUCUCAUCUUAUCCUGCUUAAAGAAACGGCAGAUCAUGUCUGAACAUUGCCAGAAAUGAAUGUAACUACGUCCCAAACACUUUGAUAGAACAAGAAUUUCAAUAUAAAGUGCCUAAUUUAUUUCUCAAAAGAGUUACACAAGUGAUUUUAAUUAUUUUAUUUUUAGGUUCUACGUUAGAAUUUUAUUUCAAUUCUUUAAGGUGACUAAGCACUGUAAUACCAUAAGUUACUGUAAAAUUUAUUUUUGUUCAUAAAAUAUAAGGGGAAACUCAUUCAAAAAAAUUACAGCCAUCAUAUUUUACCAUUAUUUAGAUGUUAGAAGAUGAAUAUAUUUUUUAAAUUUUGUAAAUUUGUUGCUAUACAGAGUUGAUUUGACUUUACUGUCUCCAACAUAAACUAUUUAUGUAUAUUAAUUAUUAAAGUGAUUUAUUUUAUGG